AAAAUUCCACUCCCGUCUUGCGUAGGAAUUCCAAUUGAAUUCAAAAGAGCAUUUGGUUGCCUGCCGCCGUCGCCCAUAGCAUUCCCCCACCAACCGCCACCCGCGUCGUCACCAAGCCAUUGCGCAACGGGGUGAGCAGGAAUGAAAUACGGAGAGCAGUUCGAAAAGGAAUCUGUGCCACAAUGGAGCCUUCAUAACAUCGACUACAAUUCGCUGAAGCAUCACAUCAAGGUGCACACGACCCGGGACCAAGCCACGGCAAUAGCGAUACCGGGCCGCCCAAAUACGGCUCUUCAUAAGUUUGAAGACGACUUCUACUCGGAGCUAUGUCGACAACACGACCGGGUGGAGCUGUUUGUUUCGAGCAAGGCCGAUGAGAUCGCAAGGCGGCUGCAGCACCUUUCGAGCCGACUACACCGAUUAAUUCUACGAUGCGCAACCUCAGGGCGGGACCGCAUGUCCCUGAAACGGCGGCAGCGGUUCGCCAAAUACGAGCAGAUACUACUACAAUGCGGCGACGACAUCAAGUCUCUCCAGCGCUUCGUCAAUGCCCAAGUGGUCGCCUUUCGCAAGAUCCUUAAGAAGUAUAAAAAAUGGACGGGCUCGUCGACGCUGGGAGCCCGCUUUAAAGAGGGUAUCCUAUCACAUCCCAAGAGCUUCACCAAGCGCGACUUCGGCCAGCUACAGUCACACCACGACGAUCUGCUACAGACACUACAUGCAGCAUUACCCGCCGGCGGCAUCGGCCUGCCAGAACCAGAACCCGAACUCUCGCGCCCGCCCACCGCGCAGCUCUCGCCGAGCGACACGAUUGUCGCCCCCGAAUCGCAAGGGUACUGGAACGAAUACGAGUGCGGCAGCGAAGCAGGUGACUUCGACCGCAAUGCAGACAACGAUUACGCUAUCUAUGUCGACCCCGACCAGGACACCAGCUUCCCGGGUUUUAAGACUCUCGGGGUGUUCUUUUCCAAACCCAUUACCAAGCUAACAGCCUGGAUAACCUUCCACCCCGAAUCCGAUUACCCAACCACCGACCUCGAGCGUGGCCCCCUCCUUCCCACCCACACCACCGCCACCACCUACGGCUCGACCACCACCCCACCAGAACCAAGCUACUUCAACAGCCCCCACGGCGGAACCAACACCAACACCACCGACACGGACUUGGACGAUGACCGGACGUCGUCCUCGCGGCAAGCGUCUAACCACCAAAGCCGUCGCGGCUCUGUCAACAGGGGCUACACAUCGUCCUCGGACGAUCAGAUGUUCUUCCCGUCCGGCUACAGCACGCAUUACGCGGCGCUGCCGAGCAUAGAGGACCAGCGCGUGGUGCGGUACCGGGAGCGGGUGCUGCGGUGGGGGACGUGGGGGUGCUACGGGACCGCCUUCGUCCUGAUGGGCAUCGCGGCCGUGCUGAUCGUGGCCGGGCGGCAGAAGAUGAGGCUCGAGGUCGACGCGGGGGUCAUCCUGGGGAUCAUGGCGAGUCUGGGGCUGGCGUGCGGCGGCCUGUGCAUGACGAGCUCGCGGACCGAUAAGCUGGGGCUGCUGGGGCGGAUGGCUGUUUGGUCGGCGUUUGUGGUGGUUUGUGUGGCGGACGGCAUAUUGCUGGUGCUGCUGAUGGGGAAUGCGAGGAUAUGACGUGGAGGGGUCUAAGGGAACGGCUGGUCGGGAUUGUUCGCAUGGCGUCUAUUCCGUUUCUUUCGUUUUUUUUUCAUGGUUUUCUUUUUAUCAUUUUCUUUCUUUUUGCAUACCUCACGACUCGACA